AGAAAACCCCAUUAAAAGCCGCACCAAACCGACUGAGGUCCAGUCAAUGGCACCACAAAACAGCAAGUUUAGUGAGGUGAUAAACACUUGCUUCAGCCAUUGUUUCUAGUCACUACACUUCACCGACACUCAUCUUCAUAUCUACUUUUCUAUCGUCACCAAAUUCACAUUUUCCUAUCUACAUUAAAACGGAAUUUGUAUGCUUUCUUAGUUACUGCCAAAAUUGCUCUUCUAACUAUCUUAAACACACACAACCAAAGCUGGACACAAUGUCCAGUAGAUGGUGACAACUUUCUUAUUGCUACUAGACGAAAAGCCAGCUUGCCUGGGUAACGUAUGCACUCCCUCAUAAAAUGGUAACGCAUCAGUUGCCCCAAACUCAUACAUCUUACACAUUAAUGGCAAAGCAAAAUUGUAGAAGUAAAAUCUCUUCUAUUUUCUCUGAUGGAUUUCUCUUUGCUGGUGCAAGUAUUGUGGCUUUGCUAGUGGUCUGGGCCUUUUGGUCCUUCAUGAGCACUAGUCCAAAUGCCGACCCCAGUUUUUUAACCACUUCCGCCGACCAGAACUCCGCCUUGAAAACUCCGGUAGACCCGGUUUCAUUAGGCUUCAAUUUACGGUACGACCCGCCCGACCCGACUUUCUAUGACGACCCGGGUUUGAGUUACACUAUGGAGAAGCCGAUUAAGAACUGGGACGAGAAACGAAGGCAAUGGCUGAAUUUGCACCCCUCAUUCAUCCCCGGAGCAGAGGAACGGAUUCUGAUGGUUUCCGGUUCACAGUCGACGCCGUGUAAGAACCCAAUAGGUGACCAUUUGCUGCUGAGGUUCUUCAAGAACAAAGUAGACUACUGCAGAAUCCACGGGUACGAUAUUUUUUACAAUAACAUUUUACUUCAGCCUAAGAUGUGGUCAUUUUGGGCAAAAAUGCCGGCAAUUAAAGCUGCCAUGAUAGCUCAUCCUGAAACUGAGUGGAUCUGGUGGGUCGAUUCAGAUGCUGCCUUCACCGACAUGGACUUCAAACUUCCAUUGGAUCGUUACAAAGACCAUAAUUUCGUAGUUCAUGGUUGGGAAAAGUUAUUAUACGAGCAACAAAGCUGGACAAGCAUCAAUGCCGGAGUUUUCUUGAUUCGGAACUGUCAAUGGUCCAUGGACUUAAUGGAAGCUUGGGCCAAAAUGGGGCCACAGUCACCGGAGUACGAUAAAUGGGGUGAAAUCUUACGUAAAACUUUUAAAGACAAGAUAUUCCAGGAAUCCGAUGACCAAUCAGGUCUAGCAUAUCUACUGUUGAAGGAAAAGGAAAAAUGGGGUAAUAAAAUAUACGUAGAAGGCGGAUAUUACUUCGAGGGGUAUUGGGUUGAAAUCGUGGGAACGUAUGAUAACAUCACCGACAAGUAUUUAGCAAUAGAGAAAAGUGAAGGGAGGUUAAGAAGAAGACACGCAGAAAGGGUGAGUGAGAGUUAUGCUAGUGUAUGGGAAGUACACCUUAAGGAAGCUGGGUAUGGUAGAUACAGUUGGAGAAGGCCGUUCAUCACACAUUUCACAGGGUGUCAGCCAUGUAGUGGAGAUCAUAAUCAGAUGUAUUCUGGUGAAACUUGCUUUGAUGCUAUGCAGAAGGCAUUGAAUUUUGCUGAUAAUCAGGUGUUGAGGAAGUAUGGGUAUAUGCAUAAGGAUCUGCUUGAUUCUUCCUCUGUUUUUCCUGUUCCUUUUAACUUUCCUGCCUAAUACUUCUUUUUUUAUGUAAGUUCUAUGUAUACACAUGUAUGUACUUAUUUUGUACUAGUUUGCUUUCGUAUUUUUAUGGUGCAAAAUGCAAUGUUGUAAUAUUGACCUAGUUGUAAUAUGGAGUUUAACUAUAUAAUAGUCACCACUUUAAGAAAUUUUUACU